GGCGGACAAAUGACGGCAGAAGAAGAAGAAAGAUGGGCCGCGUGAGAACAAAGACAGUGAAGAAAUCGUCACGACAAGUGAUCGAGCGUUAGUAUUCGAGGAUGACGCUGGACUUUCACACGAACAAGAAGCUUCUAGAAGAAGUGGCGAUCAUCCCCUCAAAGAGACUCCGGAACAAGAUCGCAGGCUUCUCCACUCAUCUCAUGAAGCGCAUUCAGAAGGGCCCUGUUCGCGGCAUCUCGCUCAAGCUGCAGGAGGAGGAGCGCGAGCGACGCAUGGACUUCGUCCCCGACGUCUCCGCCAUCAACACCGAUCACAUCGAGGUCGACAAGGAAACCCUCGAAAUGCUUCACUCCCUCGGAAUCAGCGACAUCCCCGGCAUUACCAAGGUCGAUCCUGUCGCUGUUCAACCCAGCUUCCUCUUCACCAGGAGGUACUGAUUCAUCUGUCAGACCUUUUUUUCUCCCUCUAUUUUCGCUUUUCAUCUUCAAUUUUGUUUAAUGUUUUACCGUCUUGAAUUUUACUAUUUUUCUACGUAAUCAAUUUUUAUUUAGCGUAAAAAAAAACUGCUGAUCAUCGGAAUAUUUAUGUUUUACGAACGCUAUGAACCCUAAUUAUUUUUCUUUUUCA